AUGGCUUGUUUUUACCGUUACUUAAUCUUCAAGUUGAAACCAUUUUGGCUUCAGUUGUGUUAUUUUAUGUGUAUUUCAUUCAUGGGGUUUUUGGUUUUGAAAGUUUUAAAACCAAGAUCGUCUAAUAGUAUUAAUCCUGGUCCGAUUAUGGCACCAGCUAAUCUUGAUAUGUUCUUUACAUCGGUAUCUGCUACUACCGUUUCGAGUAUGUCUACUAUCGAAAUGGAGGUAUUUUCGAACGCCCAACUUGUGAUUUUAACCAUUAUCAUGUUAUUCGGAGGUGAAGUGUUUACUUUUUUCGUUGAACUUCAAAUAGAAAAAUCUAAACUGAUCAUCAAAAGAAAAGAAAUAGUUGAAAACGUCAGUAUUGUUGUCCAUAAAGAAGAUCAUUGUCCUCGAAUUAAUGAGCUAGGAGAAUUUGCAUAUAAUGGAUCUUCUGAGAAUGGGGUACGGAGUUUUCCUGUUGCAAACAUGAACGAGCCGAUGGCAGUUACUAUUAGUACCCCUCAUCAUGACCGUUCUAGUAACGAGGAUUUGAAGUAUAAAUCAGUGAAGUAUUUGAGUUAUGUAGUUCUUGGGUAUCUGGUUGUGAUUCUAGGUGGUGGUUCUAUAUUGGUUAUAAUGUACAUGAGGUUGGUUCCAAGUGCAAAUGAGGUACUCAAAGUUAAAGGUAUUAACACUGAAACUUUCUCUAUAUUUUUGAUCAUUGCAACAUUUGCGAAUUGUGGUUACGUUCCAACUAAUGAAGGUAUGGUUAUUUUUCGGAAGAACUCCGGUCUCUUAUUACUUCUAAUCCCUCAAGUUCUCCUCGGUAACACGUUAUUUCCAGCCGGUUUAAGGUUUGUUUUAUGGGUUUUAGGAAAAUUCAGCAAGAGAGAAGAAAUCCAUCAUAUGUUAAAGUUGGAUAAAAAGAUUAGUAUAAAAGAACAAGUUGGCUAUCCUGCUAAUGAAGUAAUGAUCUCUACUAUCCAUUGCUUCUAUUUGAUUGCUACUGUUUUAGGGUUCAUAUUUAUACAGUUUAUUCUAUUCUGCUCAAUGGAGUGGAAUUCAGAUGGACUUGAUGGCAUGAAUUCUUAUCAGAAACUCAUUGGUGCAUUGUUUCAAACUGUUAACACGAGACAUUCCGGCGAAAAUAUUGUCGAUCUAUCUACUACCUCACCAGCUAUCAUGGUGGCGUUUGUUGUUAUGAUGUACCUUCCACCAUAUACUUCAUUUUUACCACUCAUUAAUGACGAACGAUCUAUCAUCGGAUGUUGCGAUCAAAGAAAGAAACGAAGACGACGAACACUCGUAGAUAACCUAUUAUUUUCACAGCUAUCUUAUUUGGUUAUGUUUAUAGUCCUCAUUUGCAUUAUAGAGAGAAACAAGCUCAAGGAUGAUCCUCUCAACUUCAAUGUUUUUAACAUAACAAUAGAAGUUAUCAGCGCAUAUGGAAAUGUAGGUUUCACAACUGGCUACAGUUGCAAACGGCAACUAAACCCCGACGGCCUGUGCAAGGAUAUGAUGUUUGGUUUCGUCGGAAGAUGGAGUAACGUAGGGAAGAUAAUACUAAUCGUGGUCAUGAUUUUUGGUAGAGUUAAAAGGUUUAACCUUAGGGGAGGCAAAGCUUGGAAACUCUCAACACAGGACCUUUAACUAUGUCUUAUUUGACAUGAACUUGUACACUACAUAAUAUUCAUACGUGACUUGGAAGUUUUCCCUAUAUAAAAAUGAUGCUUGUACCCUAUGCAGUAUUAUGUUUAAUUUUCAUAAAUAAAAUCCACAUUUGAGGAGA